AUGCUUUGGCUCUCGGCGCGUGAGCGGCCCAGCGGGGCCGACAGCCCCGAUCCUGACGUCAUGCAGCGGCGCGAGCAGCAUCUUCUGCGUGAAGUCGCUAAGGAGAACGCGGAGGUUACCACAAUGCAGUUUUUGAUCUUGUCGAUGGAAGUUACCGUCUGGAAUGUGGCGAGUUUGCUGCUCCUGAUGGUGCCGGUGGAGAGUUUAGGCGAUCCCUCACAGGUUUGGUCAGCGAUUCUCCGCGCGGUGGAGCAGCGCUACGUCCUUCUUAGCGCUGCCACGGCUUCCGAUGAUGAAACUGCCUUGCCGCCAUCAAGCAUCGCCGCGGAAUCUGCCUCCGCCCGCCAGCUGCUUUGGCUGCAGCUUGAAUCACUCGUUCAGAUGCUCUGGACGCUGCAGCGAAAGCAGGCCAAGGCACGGGGUGGCGUUCUGCACGGCUCCAACCAGCAGCUCCAUGCGGGAAAAAGCGACGUCGACCUCCUCAUCCGCCUUGCGUGGGAACGGCGGGAGGGGGGAGGGGUGAGCAAAGUCGGAAAGAAAGAGGCGCAACCGCUGGUCUGCAUGCCGACCUUAACUCAGGCUUGCGUAGGUGCGAUAGGGCUGCUCUGUGUGUCGUUCGGAGAAGUGGAGGCGACUUUGGUAGGCGCCUCCUUUGCGCUUGCGAUUUUAGCGAGCUACGGAAAUGACAGCGCUGCAACCGCCCCUUCUUCGCUUCUUCAGCUUGACGGCGGUAUGGCGCUCUCGGGAACGUCGCAUCUUGCGAAUCCGGCGGAGCGGAGGGCGUGGCUGCAGCGCCUUUUUGCCGUUGACGGCAUCGUCAGCGCGCGCGUGGAGGCUGCGAAUGCGUUGAUGGAUUUCUUCCUCGAUGAACGCUAUGAUAUCGAGGUGUACAUCCCGCAGGGAGUUCACCAAAAGCUUUCCAUAUUUCUCGUGCAGCUGCGUGAGUAUAUCAAGCAGCGUUUGAUGAUUAGUAAGUUUUGGAAGAGAAAUUAUCAGAUUGUAGCGGAGCCAGAGGACUUCGAGCAGUGGCAGGAGAUAGAGGAGAAUCUUGUUGGAUUUUUAGAAUACAAAGCACAACAUAUACGUGAUUUGCGUAAACAUUGA